ACUCUCUGAAUAAUUCCAAACCCCAAACAAAACUACUCUCUCUCUCUCUCUCUCUCUCUCUAAAAAAUUUUAAACCUGCGUACUUGCUCCACUGCUUUUUCCGCCUGCGCACCCACCGGAAAUGAAACCGGCGUCGGAGCACAUGAUACGCCUAUCGAGGUACAGACGGUGGCUGCAAUAGUCGGACGGCGGAGAAAUCGACGGCCGAGGAUGAAAUUGGAGACCGCCGAUCAGAAAAUGGACUGUCAGAAAAGCCAGGUGAAGCUCACUCGCACGAAUUCCUCACUCCUCCGCUCAUCCCCCACCAUCCGCUCAUCCAUUCACAGUUUGUCUUCCGUGAGCGAGAUCGCGCCCGAUUCGGACACGGAGGACCUCGAGGAGCAGAAGCCCCAUAGCAGACCGGCUCCCCCGCCGCUCCGCUCCGCUCCGUCUCGUGCGGCGCCGCUGGCCGCCGCCUUCCUCCUCCUGCUCUAUACGCUCUUCGCCUUCUUCAAUAGGGACGAUUUAGCCACCUCGGAGAAUCUACUCUUAGCUUUAAUUUUCGUCGCGGUUUUGCUGUUUCUGUUCUCGAGAAACAAGGGUUUAGUAAUUAGGAAUUUCAGCUUACUCAAGCAAAUUUGUGAUGAGUAUGGAAAAAAGUUAGGGUUCUCGUGUUUUGCUUCGAGAGCUCAUUCGAAACCGGUGCAGUGGUUCAUCGGUGAGGCGGAAUCGGAGGAUUUGGAGAGGAGCAAGGAAUGCGGCAAGGAGAGGAGGAGUAGGAGGAUCAUUAGGGAAGGUGUUGAGUUUUACAGCAAUGGCGAUUUCUACGAAGGCGAGUUUCAUAAGGGGACGUGCAAUGGGAGUGGAGUGUACAAUUACUUUGUGAAUGGGAGGUAUGAAGGGGAUUGGAUUGAUGGGAAAUAUGAUGGGUAUGGGAUCGAGAGCUGGGCCAGAGGGAGUAGGUAUAGAGGGCAGUAUCGGCAGGGUCUGCGCCAUGGAUACGGAGUGUAUAAGUUCUAUACAGGGGAUUCUUAUGCUGGAGAGUGGUGCAAUGGGCAGAGCCAUGGUGUUGGAGCGCAGACUUGUGCUGAUGGGAGCUGCUACGUUGGCGAGUUCAAGUGUGGGGUUAAACAUGGCCUUGGAUGCUACCAUUUCAGGAAUGGAGAUAGAUACGCUGGGGAGUACUAUGGAGAUAAAAUUCACGGCUUCGGGGUCUAUCACUUCGCCAACGGCCAUUUCUACGAAGGGUCGUGGCACGAGGGCCGGAAGCAGGGCUACGGGAUGUAUACUUUCCGAAAUGGCGAGGCCAGAUGUGGAGAAUGGGAUGAUGGCAAUCUCAAGAUCCCCCUCGCCCCGCUCACUGAUGCAGUUCUUCGAGCAGUUCAGGCUGCUAGGAAAACUGCAGAGAACGCAAUCCACCUCCGUCGGGUUGAUGAGCAAGUGAACAAGGCCGUGGUGGCUGCGAACAGGGCUGCCACCGCAGCCAGAGUUGCUGCCAUCAAAGCUGUUCAGAAUAGGAUCGAUGGAAAAUUUUGUGACACUAACUUGUGAGGAUAUAACUGGUAAAUGUAAGUUUACUACUGAAUUUCCAUACGAGAAAAAUAUCGAACACGGGCACCCCGGCGAAGGCUGAAAGCCGACGCCAGUGGUUGAGAGUAUGUUGAGAUUUGGUUGACCAUUGUGUAACUUGUACAUAGAUCAUGUAUACUCCUAGUUAGUGCACUGCACAUAUAUGUCUCUGCUGAAACCCAACCCUUUCUGUCUAAUUGUAGCCAAAUUUGCAAGAAAAAUUGCUUGUUUUUGGAUUUA